AUGAUUGGAAAUAUAAUUCAAGCAAUUGGGGAAUUAUUGAAUUGCAAAGUAGAUUUUCUUUGUACAGCUUAAUAGUCAAGUGAAAAGAAAUAUUUUGCUGUUGUGGCGAGUGAUAGGUUAUUAUUUAUAACAAGCAAAUUAGAGAAGGUGGAAAUGUCUUUAGAGUAUGGCAAAAUAAAAGGUAUUGUUAUAUCAACGAGAGUUCCAACAAUGUUUUAAAUUCAUACUGAUAUAAUUAUUGACGUAUAUGCGCUUGAAAGAAAACAACUAAUAUAAGCAUUAAGAUAUUCUUGGAUGACAGAUUUUAUGCAUAAAAAUUUUCAAUUUAAACAACUGCCUAUGUACAAAGAUGAUAUCAAAUCCAGUAUCUCAGAAAAACAAGCCAUCCUUCCUAAUCUCAUAUUUACUAAACAGGGCAAAUAAAUGUUUAGAAAUAAAAAUUACACAUUUAGCUUACCGGAUGAAUAUGAAGCAACAUAUCAAGAUGGUGUCUAUGUACAUAAGGAAAGUCAACAAUGCAAAAUUGUAGUUUAAAUAACGGAUCCAUUGCCAACUUAAUUAUUGAGUUAACUAGGGGAAAAGGCUAAUCUAUAAUAUUACUCUGAAAUGUUCUUAGAGAUAGUUUUGAAAGGAAUCAAUUCUAAGGAUGAAAGUGCAAAAUAAGGAACUGAACAAAAAAAUCAGGACAGCGAUGAAGAAGGCAAGAAGUAAGAGGAAGAUGAAUAAGCCAAUAAAAAAGAGGAGUCUCUUGAUUAUUGGAUCAUCUCUUCACAUAAUUACAAGAAAAGAUCUAAUUUAAUGAAUGAUAUCUCUGAAUGGUUUGGAUGGGAAUUGCAUGCAAGAACUUAGAUUUAAGAUAUUUUUAUCAUUAUCUUGAGAAGAAUACAUAUUCCUCCACUUUUGGAAACAUAUCAAGAGAUCUUAUUUGUCUUAUAUGGGCAAGAACAAAAUGCCAAAGAGUAGGUUUUAGUUAAUGAUAGAGACCUUCUGAAAUUGACCUUAGAACAAGAUUUGGAAGAACACGCUUUUAAAAAUGUUCUUAGAAAUGCAAUAGAUUCACUGUAAUGCAAAAUGUUCAUAUUUGAGAAGCAAUAUCAAGUUUUUAUUUAGUUGUCUGCUGACAGAUUGCUAUAUAACAGAUAAACGUUGAACUUCAUUUAUAAUAAAUUCAAGAUAUUCCCCUAGUUCAUGAGUUAUGCCUUAAAAUAUCUUAAAUUGUUAUUCUAACGCUUAGUUUUAUACGAUAAAGAGAGGUUUCUAAUUUUGGAUAAGGAAUUAAGUUAGAAGUAUGGCUUCAUUUUAAACAAUCUCAAAGAUUAUAUGACAGAUGGUAUUUAAAUUGAAGAGAACCUCUAAGCUUUGUUUGAUGCAUUUGAGUAGGCUUCAUUUGUAAGAGAUAAAUCAGGGAAUGAAGAAGAGAGGAAGUUUGUUUGGUAACAAAAGCUAUCUAAUUAUUUGGGUAUCUGCUUUGAUGGGUUUUUGAUGGGGUCAGCUUUUAGUUUCAAAGAUUUAGUUCCUGUUUUAUAGGCUAAGGUGAGUAUGGAACUGAAAACUAUUAUCUUGGAAUUAUUUGAUUAUUGUUUGUAUGCAGUACCAAAAAAGGAAUGCAGACCAAUUAAGAAGGGUAAUUUCAUUAAGAAAUUGGAAGAGUUAGCAUCAAAUAAAUAUUAAUACAAUGUGAAUAUAGCCAAAUCUUUGAUUGAAGCGAACUUCUUUUCUUAGGAAGUGCUUCUCUAAGAAAGGUCAGGAUUAUACAGUAGUUUAAUAUGUUACUUUCUACAAUCUGAUAAUGUGGAUUUGAUAGUUGCAAUUUGCCGUCAUAUUAUCAAUUUCCAAGCUGAAAUCAAACAUACAACUGGAUUAACAGAAGCCAUGAUAACAGCAUUUAAGCCAAUUUCAGUUGAAUUGAUCACACUAUAUAGAAGUCAUAACAGAACCAUAGCCACUUUAGCAUGUGCAUCAUUGUUCAAUUUAUGUACAAACUCGAGAGAAUUUAAAUAUAUAAUAUUAAAUGAUGAUGGAGCUGGAUUACUUGUGAGUAAAUUAAUGACAAAAGAUAAUUUUUUAUUACAUUUUGCUUUGAAAUUAAUAUACUGUGUAAUGAGUAUUACCUAAAAUAUUGAAAAACUAUUGGCAGCAAAUUUAACAGAUUACUUAUAUAAAAUAUUAGAAGGACCAUAAAUUAAAGGGUGUCAAUAUGAUGCUAGAUGCCUCAUUACAACAUGUUAAAUCUUAAGUGUUUGUUUAGUGAGUGAAGUAGAAUUAAGAAAUAUAGAUCAUUUAUUGAUUUUAUUGUAUAAUAUGGUCACUACUUAAGCUGACUAAUAUUUUUUGGAUUAGGAAGAGUCUGUUAAUUUGAAAAGUGAGGCUCUCUAUGUUAUGAGUAAAAUGUGUCACAAAAGUGCUGAGGUCAAGAAAAAGAUCAAUUAGGAAUGUGUUCCUUAUUUGUUGAAAUUAAUGGAAAAACUAACUUAUCAUUAAGUGCAAGAGAAGAUCAUUAUGUUACUAUGUAUUCUCAUUAAAGAAAAUAAAGAGUGGGCUUUAGAGUGGUUAUAAAUGCAAAUAAAAUUAUAAGAUAUCUUAACUACCUAUCAUAAUAACGAUAUUCAAUCAUCAAAUUAUCUAUUAUCCUAGAUCAAAUUUAUAGAUGAUGAAGCAAAGAAAGUUAAGAAUGAAGAAAUGAAACGAUCCAAACUUGCUCCUACAGCCAGUGUCAUUGCAGAACAAAUGAUGGACUAGUUAUAAGACCCUAAUAGUUAGGAUAGAAAAUCUAUGGCAAGUGAAGCAAGAUCUUCUAUGAUUGAGGAUUCCAGGAUAACUGCCUCGAAUGUUAACAAUAAAUCUACCAUAAAUCCUAGCUAAUUUAAAAAAUCUACAGUUUCUUGA